AGGGACUUGCCUUUGUAGAGGACGGAAAGAGAAGAGUUUAGUUGUGUGUUUGUGCCUUUGAGAGUGGAGUUUUGAGUUUUCUUGCCUUCUGUGGACUACACUUUUAUUUGUUUACUCUUCAUGAAGUAUGGAGCUUGAAUUCGUACAGUGACUACUACUAUCUCGCAAAAAAAACAACAACUACAGCUCAACUGUAUGGUGACCUCAGCCGUAAUUGGUGGAGUUAAGGGGCCACUGCCUUGAAGUUGGAUUGUCCCCCCCUGCAUCGCCUGCUGUGUGAGGGUCGGGCUGGGGGAUGAUGAGGCCCAUGUGGGGCCCACGCCUGGGGCUCCUCCUGGCCUUGUCAUCCACCGUCCUCACACUCAACAUCCCCCUAGAGGUGGAACAGCUGCCAACCAUCACGGCCACGGCGCCCAGCUCCGUGAUUGCCUUCCCGUUUGAUGAAAGUUUCCUUCUGAAGUGCGAAGCCAAAGGCAAUCCGCAGCCAGUAUUCCGGUGGACGAGGGAUGGGCAGCACUUGGAUCCGCGCCGCGAUGCUCGGCUUCAGACGUAUCCCAACUCCGGAAGCUUUGUCAUUCCCAACAACAAAUACACCGCCGAGUACCGCGGGAAGUAUAGGUGCUAUGUGUCCAACGAGCUGGGCACGGCCAUCACAGACGAGACGACAUUCAUUAUACCCAAUGUCCCCAAAUUCCCCAAAGAGAAGCUUCCUCCCGUGGAGGUUGAGGAGGGUCAGCCCAUGGUGCUGGAGUGCAACCCCCCCAGUGGCAUACCUCCAUUACAAAUCUACUGGAUGACUCUCGGUCUUCAGCAUAUCGUCCAGGAUGACAGAGUGUCCAUGGGCCGCAAUGGGAACCUCUACUUCUCCAACGCCAAGGUGACGGACACUCGACGUGACUACUGCUGCUUCGCUGGCUUCCCCCGGAUACGCACCAUCGUGCAGAAGACGGCCAUGGCAGUGCUGGUCAGGCCAGCAAACGACAGCAUGCCGGAUGACAGCACAGAGCGCGAGCCCAGCCUUAUGCUGCCCUCUGCUGACCAAUCCGAGGUAUCUCUCGUGAAGGGAGAGGAGCUAGAACUGGAGUGCAUUGCCGAGGGACUGCCCACUCCAGAGUACACCUGGACAAAGGUAGGGGAGGUGCUGCCCAACAGGACAAGCAUCAAGAACUAUGGAAAGCUCCUGACCUUGUCCAAAGUGAUGUGGGAUGACGCGGGAAUGUACAAAUGCACAGCCAAGAACCCCCUGGGAGAGAAAUCACACCUGUUCCGGGUGGCAGUAGAGGAGCCGCCUCAGUGGGACAGGGAGCCGCCCCAGGGCCAGCUGGUCACCAUUGGCUCCAACGUGGAGAUACAGUGUGUCGCCAGCGGCAACCCCAGGCCCAUCAUCUCCUGGAGGAUGAAUGGACAGCUCAUCGGGGAUGCGCCCACACACAACCGGCGAGUCUAUACUGACAAGAUCACGCUGCAGAACGUCCAGCGUAGCGACACGGCUGUGUUCCAGUGUGAGGCCGCCAACCGCCACGGCUCCAUCAUGGCCAACAUCAACCUCAUGGUCCUCAAUGCCCGUCCUGUCAUCCUGACAAAAGACUACCAGGAGUACUCAGCAGUGAGAGGACGCAAGGUGAUCCUGGACUGCAAGGUCUUCAGCUCACCACCAGCUGAUAUUGUUUGGUCAUCUGCUGCGAUGGGCACGAUCGAGGAAGGGGAGCGAUUCUCCAGGCUGGAGGACGGAUCUCUGCUCAUCAAGAGCGUGGAGAGGGAGGACUCGGGACAAUACAGCUGCCGGGCCUCCAACUCCGAGGGAGAGACAGCCAUCACGGCCAAGCUGGAGAUAAAAGAGGCGACACAGAUUACCGAGCCCCCACAGGACCAGAAGAUUCUGCGCGGCACCACGGCCCAAUUUAUGUGCAGGCCUCGCUAUGACAGGAGCCUCCGCAGGGAGCUGGAGAUCCUGUGGGUGCGAAAUGGUGACGAGGCGUACCUGAAUGCCACAGAGGACGCGCGGUAUUCGGUGACAGAUGGGAUGCUGCAGAUUGCAAAUGUCAGCCACAGUGACGAGGGGCUGUACUCCUGCGUCGCCAGGACACCCUUGGAUCAGGACCGGGCUUCGGCUUACCUCACCGUGCUGGACGUUCCCGAAGCCCCUGAGAAUGUGCUGCUGACAGAGAAGAGGGGCCGCAGUGUCAGGCUCAAAUGGACGCCUGGCAACGACCACAAUAGUCCCAUCACGGAGUAUGCGGUGGAGUACGAGGAGGACCGUUGGAGCCCGGGCAGGUGGCGGCAGCUGGAGAAGGUGCCGGGUAACCACGCCGCCGCCUUGCUCACCCUACAGGGGCACCUCAACUACCGCUUCCGGGUCAGCGCCCUCAACAACGUGGGCCGCAGCCCUCCCAGCAAGCCCACGGACAGAUACAAGACCCAGGCCACAGAGCCAGACAGGAAUCCAGAGAACAUCAAAAUUGAGGGUCACCUGCCAAACCAGAUGGACAUCACCUGGGAGCCCCUGCUGCCGGUGGAGCACAACGCCCCCGGGCUGGAGUACAAGGUGAGCUACCGGCGGCUGGGCAUGGACGACAGCUGGAGCGAGCAGAUGGUGAAGAGGCACUCCUUCGUGGUGAAGAACACACCCACCUUCGUGCCCUACGAGAUCAAGAUCCAGGCCCACAACCAGCAGGGCUGGGGCCCCGAGCCCCGCGUGGUGACCGGCUACUCUGGGGAGGACGUGCCGCUGGCAUCUCCUGAGAGCCCGUCUGUGGAGGUGAUGAAUGCCACUCUGGCACGGGUACGCUGGGCGCCUGUCCCUGCCCACACGCUGCGCGGGCACCUGGGAGGAUACACUGUGAACUGGUGGAGGACGCAAAGUCUGCUUUCUUCUUCUAAAUCCUACGGUGAGAAGCAGUCCAUACGUGUCGUGGGCAACCGCACCCACACCCUGAUCCCCGGCCUGAAGCCCUUUUCAGAGUACCGCCUCAGCGUCAACACCUUCAACAAGAGAGGCCACGGACCCAGCAGCCUGCCCGUGACCUUCACUACUCCAGAAGGAGUGCCAGACAAAAUGUCAAUGCUAAAAGCAACAAAUCCCCAGGGACGCGCGGUCACGCUGGUGUGGAAGCCACCUGUGGAGGCCAAUGGCAUCAUGACAGGUUACAGCCUGCAGUACCAGCAGAUAAAUGACACGCAUCACCUGGGAGAGCUGACCACGGUGAACAUCAGCAGCCCUGACGUGACCCACUGGGUGGUGGAGGAGCUGGAGCCGGACAGCGCCUACAAGUUCUACCUACGCGCCUGCACUCAGGUGGGCUGCGGACCGGCCGUCAGCGAGGAGGCCGCCACGGUCACCGAGUCAUAUGCAGAGAUGCGUGCCGAGGGUGUUUCGUCGCGAGGCUGGUUCGUGGGGCUGAUGUGUGCCCUGCCCCUUGCCACCCUGGCUGUGCUCAUCGCCUGUUUUGUUUCCCGGAACCGCGGAGGCAAGUAUGCAGUUAAGGAGAAAGACGAAAUGCCCACAGACGAGGAGUCCAGGAACCCCAACGAAGAGGAGACCUUCUGCGAAUACAGUGACAACGAUGAGAAACCCUUGAAGGGAAGCCUGCAUUCGCUGAGCGGCAGCAUCAAGAUAGUGGUGGGGGAGAGUGACAGCGACAGCGGGCAGAGCGCGGACGACUAUGACGACGAGGAGGACCAGUUCAACGAGGACGGCUCCUUCAUUGGGGAGUACGCCGGGCGAAGGCGCAGGCAGUCCACUGCCGAACAAAAUGGACACGGACCCACCGCCACCGUUGUAUGACCCCGGCAUUAGAGGGAAGCUCUGUCUUUCUUGUGCACACUUAAAUUUGUAAUAUUGCUUUUUUUAAUGAUUGUGAUGAUGUGAAUCUCUUUUAGAGGUGUCUAUUUUUACACAUAGUCUUCCAACAAACCUGCAAGCUGGUUUAUGGGUCAGCUCAGUGCGUGUGUGUGUGUGCGUGAGUGCGUGCGUGCGUGAACGAGUGAGUGAACGAGUGACUGAGCGUGUGGGCCAAUGAUCCUGUUAGUUUUCCGUUGUGAAUCCCAUGAUUUUAUUACACAUAUUUCUUUAUUUAUAUUUUUACAGGUAUAAUUGCCAUAGCAAUUACAUAAAUAGCAUACAUUUUCUAUAGAGCUAUUUUGCUAACAUGUCAGAACUGCAUCAGAAAAAGUAUGGUGCAGGAUGGGUUAGAUUGGAAAAGACUUAUGCCGUGUCCAGACCAAGAGCGAACUACGCUGCCUGGUAGCGUGGGUAGCAGAAGAAGUUUCGCCUUGGAUUCGCUGUAUUCGCUGCAGACGCUGCAUUGACAUGUUUGAUUCAGCUAAUCACAUAACGGCUCUGGCUUGACAGCCUGGGACAUUCGGAGAUAUGAACGUUCCGAUUGGUUUUCGCCGAGCAGCGCCAGAGCGAAUUCGCCUGCGAUUAGAUUUCGUUUAAUCGUCAAAAUUCGCUCUGGUCGCGCAAGAAGCUUCGCUCCUGGCAGCGCAGGUCACAUGCCCUCCAUAGAGAAAUAAUGACUUCCGUCGCUUCAUUCGCUCCGUUCGCUCCUGGUCUGUACACGGCAUUAGGAUAUUCAUUUAUUUAGGCCAUUGAGCAAAGUUUUAAGUUGGGCAGUACAAUGAAGUGUCUUCUAAAUUUCAAUGUGCUUGUUCAAUUAAAAAAAAAAAAUCAAACAAUUUAUCCAGAUUUCUGUUUGGGGAGCAACCACUCACUUUAAGUCAUACAUUGUUCUUGUUACAUAUGUCUAGUUCACAUCUGAUCAGAGCCUGUUAUUUGAUCGGUCAGCUGGUGUUCUGUACCAUACAUUUAGUUUCAUCCUCUAAAUGAGCUUUCACAGUUGCACUUGUUUGUACAGUACAUGGUGUACAUAGGGAACGUUAUAUGCAUUUCUUUAAUCUGGACCUUUUAUGUUCCUUGCUUGAAAUGUUUGAGAAUCUUAUUGUACUAAGUACUCAGGAUGUUUUGUACAUGCCAGUUGAAACAUAGAAUUACAAAGUACUCCCUCAGUAUGUAACGAUAAAAUGCAUUAUGUAGGCUACAGUACAUCGUGUGAUGAAAAACAUCCCCAGACCCCAUGUUAAUAGUUCAAAUAUGCAAAGUGGAAGCGCAAUUGCUGUGGAGUGGCAGGGCCAUCUACUGUAAUGAGUGAUGAAAGAGAGAGAGAGAGCAAGAGAAGAAUGGUAAUGUUUUGAGGGCAUCCUACAUGUUGUGUCUUAUACUUGCAGUGAGAAAUGUGCUCAUGUUUUUUGUUCAUUCUGAGCCACUCCGCUGCUGUUUGUUUCAGUAGGAAUGAGAGUCAGGCUAUUCCUUGAGAACCAUCAAGACAUUUUUAUAAGGUUUUUGUAUUUGUUUCAGAAAAGGGAACUGUUUUGUUUCAAUGUUACAACAUUUUGUCACCACAUAGGCCUGCAUUGUUUUGUGUCACAUGUUUUUAAAUGGAACUGUAAUUUUACUGAAUAAUGUUUGUUCAAUAAAGGCUGUGAUACAUUAU